AUGGAUUUGUGGAACUGUGAUGAAACAUCACCACAGGAAGUGCCCCUGGGGAACAGGCUGUCAGGGCUGGACGGAGCUGAACUCGACUUCUAUUUCCCUGAACUGGCACUCCAAGGGGACACGCUGACAGUGGAGACAUGCUGGAAAGGUGGCUGCGGGCUGGGGCCCCUGGGUGCUGGGCAAGAAGGGCUCCCACAGCCGGACUGGGGCUCCUCCUCACCGCUCCCAGACGCUCCAUGGGGGGCCGAACCCGCCCCUCAGGCCCUUGCGUGGUCGGGAGACUGGACAGACCCCCCGUGCACCGGCGCGGUCCCUUGGAGCCGCGUCCCUCAGACCCUGGGCGCCGCCCCCUGGGCUGGCUCUGAUGGGGCAGCCGGCCAGAACUGCGCCCCCUCCGCGGGACGUGCCAGCUCGUGGUCGCACGCCCGGGUCGCCGCCGGCUCCGCCAGCUGGGACUAUUCUGUUGGCCCCGACGGCGCCACCUGCUGGGGCAAGAGCCUCGGCGGGGGGCCGCGCGCCGACUCCGCUGUUUCGUGGGGCGGGCCUGCGGGCUCGGACUAUACCACCUUCUGGGACUCGGGGCUGCACACGGAUCGCACGACCUCGUCGAAGGCGUACCCGAGUUCAGAUCUCACCACUUCCUCUGAACCGAGCCAGCAGUCGGACCGCGCAGCCUUGGCUCGUUGCCCCAAAACUAACCACCGAGGUCCCAUUCAGCUGUGGCAGUUCCUCCUGGAGCUGCUCCACGACGGGGCGCGGAGCAGCUGCAUCCGCUGGACGGGCAAUAGCCGCGAGUUCCAACUGUGCGACCCCAAAGAGGUGGCGCGGCUGUGGGGCGAGCGCAAGAGGAAGCCCGGCAUGAAUUACGAGAAGCUGAGCCGAGGUCUGCGCUACUACUACCGCCGCGACAUCGUGCGCAAGAGCGGGGGGCGCAAGUACACCUACCGCUUCGGGGGCCGCGUGCCUGGCCUAACCUAUCCCGACUGCAUGGAGGGCGGACAGGGAGCAGCGACUCAAUAAAAAUAUA